AUGUCUAGCCUUGGUGACGGCAAAGAUUCGGAGGAGGCCGCCCUCAUCGAGUCGUUCCCAGUCCUCUUCCAGAGUCUGGAGUACAGUGAAUUCGAGCUGAACCUUUCAUGGUGGAACCAACUUCACCCCCUGCGCCUCAUGCAAACCUACCGCAUUCCAGAAGAGCAGCAUGAGGCCUGCGGAGGAGACAGGGGAACGCAUUCGUCGACUCUCAUUGACUCGAGGACUUCCCACUCGCCCUCGGAUCGUGUGUGGGUAUUUUGGGAUAAAAAGUGGUUUUCGUGGAAAACGGCUGCGAUCCGCCUACGAAUCAUGCGAAACCUCAAUACCCCCAUCUCUCAACGCUUGGAUACGAGGCUAAUGGACAUUGACAGACAGAACCCAGCUUACACCCUAUUACCAGAGUCCCCCGAUUUGACGGAUCCGGCCCCUGAGAAUGCUGUGAGCCCAGUAUCCGAACCCCAGCCUCCCAAACCUCUAGACCCGCUGUCACCUACAAACUCACCACCAAAGGAGAGAGCCUACUUCUCCGACGGCUACGACAUUGCGGAAGAUAACGAAACCAAACGGACCAAGAAGGUCUACCGGCAGUGGGAACGGUCUUACGAUACUUGUGCCUUCAACCUCACAUCGGAUGAGCUGAAAUCCCUUAAGUUGAAGGAAGGCCUUAAUGAGGCAACGUUCACGGUCACCACCAAGUACCAAGGAACCGUUUGCUGUGAAUGUUUGAUUUACCUUUGGAAGUCGACUGAUAAAGUUGUGAUAUCAGAUAUCGAUGGAACAAUAACUAGAUCUGACAUACUUGGGCAUCUCAUGCCACUCGUAGGCCUUGAAUGGGUCCAAACUGGUGUAACUAAACUCUACAAGGAGAUUGCACACAACGGAUUCCAUAUUAUGUACGUUUCGGCACGAGCCAUUGGACAGGCAAAUGCCACGCGGAGUCUACUUGAAGAGCUAGUGCAAGACAAGGAAAGUCUUCCUCCUGGUCCCAUUAUACUCUCGCCGAACUCGGUGUUCAAGACUCUAGACAUGGAAAUGAUAAAGAAAAGGCCACAGGUUUUAAAGAUCAAAAACUUGAAACGAAUUCAGCGACUCUUCCAAAGGGACGAUCCCAAAACCAACCCGUUCAUUGCCGGUUUCGGAAACAGAGUUAGCGAUGAAGACACCUACCGAGCUGUCGGAAUCCCGAACACGCACAUCUUCAUCGUCAAUCCUCGUGGGGAGCUAACGACGCCCUCGGGUGUUCAAUUGAAACUGGGCUACAAAGAACUCCAGGAACUAGUCGAGACUGUGUUCCCGCCCUCCCUCGGUCGAAUGGAAUACAGCGACACCUACUCCGACUUCACUUACUGGCGCCCAGUCCAGACAGAAAACUCUGAAGUCGAAAGCCAAAUACAAGCGUCUCCCAGUCCCACAAGCAGUAAAAGUGGCUACUUUUUCUAG